UGCCUGUGCCCCUCCCCGGGUUUCCCGCCGCCCAUGCCCCCAUGCUGCUGCGCUUGUUGCAGUCACUGCUGCUCCUGGGCAUCUUGGCCCCGGUGAGACUCCGGGCCCGCGCUGACCUCGACCCGGAUGCCGACCUGCCGGACUUGCUGCUUGUCCAGAGCCCCCACACAUCGGGGCCCCUCGAUGCACCGCGCCAGGGGCGCAUCCAUCCCACGAUCCCCAUCACACAGUACACCCUUGGCCACCUGGAAAGCGCCCUCUUCGAGCAGCGCACCGAGCAGACCCUCUUCCCGGGGCUGAGAUUGGGCUCGCUGUUCGCCCGGGACCCCAUCGAGACCUUCACCUUCCAGGGCAUUCCCGAAGAGGCCGCCGGCUCGCUGAUGGCCCUGCCCUUGCGCGGCGCGUCUCCGCUGUUUGCCUGGCAGAAUGCCCGGACGCUGGCCCUCACCACCACCAGCCCCCGAAACUACAUCUUCAACCUCCCCCAAUCCGACCCGCCGGCCACUCUCUUGGCGGCCGAGGCCAUCGGUCGCCAAGCCGGCCGGCUACUGGUCGGACUCGAGGGCUCCAACGCCAAGCUCAUCCAGCGAUUCGAGGGUGAAUGGGAGUCGGAGCGCUUGACCUUCCGCGCCUCUUCGGCCACCGCCGGCCUGCCUGGGCACCUGUUUGCAGCCACCACCACCGGCUGGGCAUGGCUCGAGUUUGAUGAGGACCCGGUGAUCGUCAAUGUCAAUGAGCCGGUGCUCGGCCUGGCCGCCACUCGGCUGAUCACAUCGAGCUCCAGCCGCAUGGACCUGGUGGUCCUGACCGCCACCCGGCUCUUGGUCUAUCUCGGCGUCAGCAGUGAUGGCGCCUGGCAGGAUGUCCUGACGGAUCCCCUGCCGGCCACGCGGAACAACCUUUCCCUGCACAUGGUGCCCCGCGUGCCGCACAUCACCCGCCCCACCGGCUAUCUGUUCCUGGUCCAACAGGCAGCCGACUCGCCGGUCCUCUGGCGUGUGAACUACCAUCCACAGGGUCUCCUUUGGCAGCGUGUCCAGGUUCCGGCAUCGAUGGACCUCCCUUCGGCCGGCAUCCUGCCCGCGUUGAUGGCCCACGGGUCGGGCGAACUGAUGGAGCACUGGCUCCCGAGCUCCGGCUCGCGUGUCUUCCCCACUGACCAGCAGUUUGCCUGUGCCGGCGCCGAUCCCAGCAUCGUCUGUGACUCGUCCAGCGCAGGGUGGGCCUGUGCCCCGGGCCGCGCCUUUGCCCCGCUGCUCUCCCCGGUGGAGCUGUGUGCCGGCUGUGCAGAUGGCUAUUAUCAAGUGUCCCUCGGGCCGCAUCGAUAUGCUUGCGAGCCCUGUCCCGGGGACCAUUGCCGUGCCUGUGUCGGUGGAGUGUGCACCGCCUGCGAAAUGGGCUUCCUCCUGCAGCCGGCCACCGCGCCCGGCCAGGCGCCAACCAGCUGCCUGGCUGAAUGCUCACCGGGCUUCCAGCCUGCCGGGGAGGAAUGCAUCCUGGCUGCCCCUUCGUCGGGGAUGGCGGCGUCCAUUCAGCCGAUUCCCCAACAAGGGGCAGGCCGGAUGUCGGCUUUGACCUCCACCCGUGCCACCCUCCGCAAUGGGCGGCUCUAUGUGUCCAAUGCUUCGCUGGCUGACUCCCAGGGCUCCGGGACAUUCAUUGUGGCCAUGGAUGAUGGCCAACUCCAAGCUCUGGAUGGAGCACAACUGGUCGCCAAUCCCACCGGGCCGCUGCCGCUCCAGCCUCUGGCCAAUUUCCCGAACAUCGGCCCGGUGCAGCUUCUCCUGGAGCUGAGUACCAAGGUUGUCUCGGAAAACCGGGUGUAUCUUACCCUGCUCUUUGAAAAUAACUCCCGCCGGUCCAGCAUGGUGCUCAGCUGCACAUUGCCCGGCUCCAAUCCGGCCGACGAGUGCGCCCUCACGGCCCACAGCCCGGUUGAAAUCAACGGGACCCGGACUUCCAACACCCCUGGCCAGCGUCUAUCACCCACGGUAGCCCGGUUCGGGGCCAACCUCCUCGAGCUCCAGUCCAACGGCAGCCUGCUCCUGGUGAUCGACCCGCACAACCAUUCGGACAGCCCCUCAACCAUGGUGCCACACAUGGCUCCGGCCACCGGCCGGCCGCUGGCUUGGCUCUAUCGUCAAACGCCCUCCGGCGGGUUGGUUGCCCAUCCGUGGGAUCUCGUCCGCUUUGGCGAUGCACGAACCUCGGCAGACGAUUCGGACUUUGUUCACACGAACAACCCCCUCGCCGGCCCAUCUCCCGGCCAACAGGCAAGCGCCUUGUCCGGCCGCCAGGCUUCACUUCGGGCGAGCCCCGCCGAGUUGGACGCCUCCUCCUCUGCUGCCUCCUCUUCGGCCUCAGCCUCCUCGACGUCGGCAUCUUCGGCCUCAGCCUCCUCGACGUCAGCUUCUUCAGCAUCAGCUCCGGCGUCGUCCUCGUCCUCAUCGUCGUCCUCGUCCUCAUCGUCGUCCUCAUCGUCGUCUUCAUCCUCAUCGUCGUCCUCGUCCUCAUCCGCGUCCUCAUCCGCGUCCUCAUCCGCAUCCUCAUCCGCGUCCCCAUCCGCGUCCUCAUCCGC